AAAGAACGAAUAUCUAGCAUACAAAAGUUGCGCUGAGUGUGAAAACAUGUUGAAUAUGAACCAAUUGAGCCAGACGCCUCUGGUGCCACACCCCCAGGUCCAUUACGCCGACUGCCGCCCAUUGCCGGCAAUCAACGAGACAUUUGCGCAAUUUAGCCAGCAUGGCAGGUCGGCUAUAUCGCUAUCGCUGCUCUCCCCAUUGGAUCUGUCUUUGCGCGCCGCGACGAAUAUGGUGCCAAUUACGCCGCCAUCGACGCCCUCGCCGCCUCGCAAGCGUCAAAGAUUAAUGUCCGAGGAGAAUUACCUGUGGCGGCCACAUGCGGCGCUCGUGAUGCAGCCACCAGCAGCAGCAGCAACAGCAACAGCAACAACAGCCACAAGCUACUUCCACCAUCAGCAGCAGCAGCAGCAGCAACAGCUGCAGCAUGGAGUGGGUGGCUAUGGCUUUGAGGGUACGGCGUAUGAUAAAAGUAAUUUUCACGGCAAAAGUAACUUUGCGCAAAUUCCGGCAAGUCAAUCGAGCGUGACUAGGACGGCAGCCAGCAGCAGCAGCAGCUGCCAGGAGGAUGAGACAAUUGUGUUGACCGAGGACGAGGAUGAAACAGUUGUCAGUUCCCAUGACUACAAUGACUAUGCCACGGACACGGAGGCCGAUGCGGAUGGCGAUGGGGACGGCGACGGCGAUGGCGAUGGCGAUGAGGAGGACUCAAUACAAGUUCACGACGUCAAUGAGACAGAGGAGCAGCAGCAACAGCAGCAGGAGCCGGAGGACGAUGAGGAGGUAUUUGUGGACAUACUGGGCAACGAUGAUGAUGAUGAUGCUGAUGAUAAUGUGGUGUUGGUGCCGCCAGUGCAGCAGCAGCAGCAGCAGCGAAAGCAAGCGCUCAAAAGGAACGAGCUGAUCUAUGAGGAUGAGGAGCUGCACAAUCAGGCCAUCGACGGUCUGGACAAGCUCUUCAAGCGCGACUUUGCGCAGGCGGCCAAGGAGUGUCUCGAGCUGGAGGCAGAGGCCGCAGCAGCUGCCAGCGAAGAACAGCCGGAAAAAGUCUACAUGGACUUGAGUGAAUCUACUAAUCCAACGCAAAGCCAACCACAACUACAAACACAUCCACAAAACCAUCCACAUCCACAGCUCCAGCUGCAACAACAGCCCGAGGCACAUUCUUCGCCGUUGCGCAAACACAAGCCGGAACGUCGACGCACCAAAUUGCGCAAACACGCCGCAAAUGUCGACGAGGAGACAAUCAGCCCCGUGUCCGGCACCAUAAUACGCAAGCUGCGCGACGAUGAGGAGCUGGUGGUGCGUAAAGGCGACAUUGAUCCCGCCUUCAAUGUGGUCGAAAUCACCGAGGAGGCCAAAGCCAUCUUGGCCAGCAUCGAGAACAAAAUUGGCGACUAUCUCUGCCAGCUCUGCCGCACCGUCUACGACGACGCCUUCAUGCUCGCCCAGCAUCGCUGUCCACGCAUCGUUCACAUCGAAUACAAGUGCUCCGAGUGCGAAAAGGUUUUCAAUUGUCCAGCGAACUUGGCUUCGCAUCGCCGCUGGCACAAGCCCAAGUCGGAGAUGCAGUCCGGCAAGAAGCGAGCAGCGAGUGGUGGCAGCGACGCCCCCAAUGGCAGCAGCAGCGGCGCCACAGAGGCUGGCCACAAGGCUGGAGCUGGAGCUGGAGCUGGAGCUGGAGCAGGAGGCGGAUGUGAUGCGGAUGUCGGCGAUGGCAUCUAUCCGUGUCCACAAUGCGGCAAAACAUUUCGCCGCUAUGCCUAUCUGAAGAAGCAUCAGGCCUCGCAUCAGAUGCUGGAUAAUCUGAAGAGCAUGGAAUUCUUUCAGCAGCAACACCAACACCACCAACAUCAACAGCACCAACACCAWCAUCAGCAGCAGCAGCAACAACAACAGCAACAACAGCAGCAGCAACAGUUGCCGUCGCAGAACUAUGCGCUGCCACGCCCACCGCCCCAUUGCAGCACACUGUAUCCCACUGUGACGGCCACGCCCAAGAGCUAUGGCAACCCGGUGUCACGCUUCAACGGCUUUCCCUUUCAGCCACGGUUCUACUCGCUGGGCGAGCUCUAUCUCAGCCAGCAGCUGGAGCGCUCCUCGGCCUUCCAGUACGUCCAUGCGAAUCACUUGCGGCAGCUCUCGAAUGUGGCACACACGAUGCUGCCGCCGCUGCCGGUCAAAUGACCCAGCUCGCAUGUGCUGCGGCCGGUGCCACGGAUUGCUGCCACAUCGACAACAACAUCGACGGCAACGGUAGCAGCAACUGCGCAUCGGCAACUGGAGCUGCCAGCAACAGUUGCCAGUGCUGCCACGCCCCCAUUCAAUUGGAUGCUGCCAACGGAAUCAACUGGCAAUGUUGUUGUUUAGUUUCAAAUUCAAUUGUCUAAUCAAGCGUUUACUAGUUCA